UUUUUGCCUCUCUUUAACAACUCUCCGCCACCUGCUUUCUUGAAACAUAUCUGACAUCCAAAGGACGACAGGUACAGUGGAAACCAAAAAAAUGGCACAUGGAUAACUGGAAGAGCAGCAAGAGCAAACACAAAGCUAAAGGCACAUGUCAAUCUCUCUGAUUCCAAAUCAAAAGACGCCCAAGGAUAAAACCACGGGUAUAGAGGAUUUUUCUUCUACUCUCCUAUAUAUCUCUCUUGGUUUCAUUGUCAACCUGAUUCCUUUCAGUCUCAGCAACAAGCUACCGGAACGGAAGUGAUGAUGGCUAGUCCCAGUAGACGUAUAUUUCAUGUUACUAUGUACCCCUGGUUUGCGAUUGGCCACAUCACCCCCUACCUCCACCUCUCCAACCAGUUAGCAGAGAAAGGCCACCGAGUCUCCUUCUUCUUGCCUCCCAAAACAAAGUCCAAGUUGGAGCACUUGAACCGCUACCCACAUCUCAUCCGCUUCAUCACAAUUCCUAUCGCUCGCGUGGACGGCCUCCCGCCGACCGCAGAGACCACUGCUGAUGUGUCUAGCCCCAUGGUUCCCCUCCUCAUGACUACCCUAGACCUGACCAAGGACCAUGUUGAAGCUUUUCUACUUGAUCUUAAGCCUGAUUUAGUUUUUUAUGACCUCGCCUAUUGGCUUCCAGCCCUGGCACGACAUCUUGGCAUCAAAUCCAUCCAUUACAGCGUCGUCAGUUCUGCAGCGUCCUCCUACCUCGCAUCACCUGCACGUAUGCCGCCCAGCGCGGGGGUCAAACAGUUAACCCAGGAAGAGCUGAUGCAACCUCCAAUGGGCUACCCAUCAUCUUCCCCAUUUCAGAUUCGUCGCUACGAGACUCGCGAUGCAUUAUUAGCCUUCCAAGACAGGGGUGAUGGGUUAACAUUCUACGAUAUGUUGACGACCUCGUUUGGAGAUUCCGACGCCAUCUGCUUUCGAACUUGUCGAGAGAUCGAGGGGCCUUACUGCGACUACAUGGCUACCCAGUACGGAAAGCCAGUCUUAUUGACGGGGCCAUUAAUUCUACCUGCUCAUCAUCAGCAACCAAACACAAGAUUAUUGGACGAGCCUUGGUCCAAGUGGCUCGGCAAUUUCAAGGAGGGAUCGGUGGUGUAUUGUGCAUUUGGAAGCGAAUGCAUACUUCAAAAGGACCAGUUCCAGGAACUGGUGCUGGGGUUUGAGCUGACCGGACUACCCUUCUUGGUAGCACUGAAACCACCACACGGAGCAUCRACAAUAGAGGAGGCAUUGCCCGAUGGGUUCAAGGAGAGGGUCCAAGGAAGAGGAGUAGUUCAUGGGGGUUGGGUUCCACAGACGCAGAUACUGAGUCACCCCUCGGUCGGGUGUUUUGUGAGCCACUGUGGGUAUGGCUCCAUGUGGGAGUCUUUAGUGAGCUCUUGCCAGAUAGUACUGAUUCCAAACUACGGCGAUCAGUUCAUGCACACCCAACUAUUAACUAGAAGUCUGAAGGUUGCGGUGGARGUUGAGAGAAGGGAAGAAGAUGGAUGGUUCAGCAGAGAGAGCGUGUGCAAGGCCAUAAGAUUGGUGAUGGACGGAGAGAACCAGAUCAGAAAAGAAGUGAAGGCCAAUCAUGUUAAGUGGAGGGACUUUUUGUUAGAUGAAAACAUGCAAUCUUCCUAUAUUGAUGCUUUCAUCCAUGACCUACGAGUUUUAUUGGGUUGGAGAGAUUAAAUUUAAAUGGGUGUCCAAGAGAUUCAAAUGGUGCAGCUCACAUCCUUGGUAAUGCAUGUUUAAAACUUAGAAGCUGAGUUUCAGUUUGUUGGAGCCUUCCCUAUGUGGUGUGGUACAUGUUUGUUUGAUAGUAGAGGCCUUUGUUUUAAGUUUACUUGUAGCCUUGUUUUU